UCCACAACUUUUUUAAAAUUUCGGAAUUGAGUGUCCGUAAAACUUGACCCACGCUUUACUAUUGUUAUUGUUUUUUAUUAUUAUUAUUUUUUUAUAAGAGGUAUAUAUAGGAGGUAAUUUAUGAAUGGCAUCUGAAGCACAAGCUAAUGUUCAAAGAGCUGUUGAGCAAAUGCUAGAGACCAUUGAAAAAGAAAAACUACGUCCACUUUUGAGAGAAGCACAUUUAGGAAGUGCGAGAUGCUGUGAAAAUAUGCUUUUAUCAAAAGAUCAAUUAGAACAUUGCAUGCAAAAAACAUUUCAACCUGCCCAUGAAAUACAAAGUGUUAUAAGUAACGAACUUAAUCAUUUGCAGGAUCGCCUAACUCGAUGCGCUCAACAAUGCCAAGAUAAUGUUCAAGAUAAACUAUCAAAUAAUUCUGAUAUUUCACUUCUACAGAAGGAAUUAGAUAUAUGUGUUGUAAAAUGUUGUGAUAGUCAUAUAAAACUAAUUCCUACAAUAAUGAACCGAAUUUAUGAUUCAUUAAAACAGUUUCAACCAACCUUUUAGUAACUUUUAUAAGUUAUAUUUUAAAUCUUUUUUAGAAAAAAGUUAUUUUUAUGA